AUGGAGGCUAAACAAAUUGUAUGGACAGCUCCGAUGACUUCCUUCAUGCUUGAUCACCAAUGCAAGGUUGUGGGCGAUGGAGUUAGAACAUCAACUAGCUUCAAGAAGUGCCAAUUGGCUCGUUGUGUGACUGCUAUGAGUGAGCAUUUUCAGCUCAAUUUGACUCAUGCCAACAUUGGUAAUCACAAUAGGACAUGGAGGAGGAAAUGGGGAACAAUACUCAGACUUAGGGGGUUGAGUGGUGCAUUAUGGGAUGAUGAGAAGUCUAUGAUCGUUCUUAAUCAUGAGCACUACACUAACCAUAUUAAGAACCACAAAGAGGAUGAACCUUUUCUGAACAAGCCUCUGAAGCACUAUAAUGAGAUGGCUAUCAUUCAUGGCAAUACUAUGGCCACGGGUCAAUAUACGAAAAGCUCAAAUGACCCCCUUGGUACAGAGGUUAAUGAAAUUUCAGAUAAUGAGGCUUCCCCACUUGAAGAAGGUAGCAAGUCAAGCAAUGGAGGCGAUUCAGUGGCUCCCAAUCCCAAAAGGGCCAAAACAAAGUCUAGUGUUGAUGAGGGGCUGCAAUCAACCCUUAUGGCAGUGGGUGAAAGGCUUGCUAUUGCCAUAGAGAGGAGUGUUAGCACUGACAACAGCACCACGAGCAUCUCUACGAACAACUCCAUGAUGGGCCUUUGGGAGGGCAUGAAAGAUAUUCCCUUUUUCGGUAUUGAUUACCUUGCCCUUUAUUUUGCCUACUUGGUUGAGAAUCCGAACAUUUCAAUGGCGUUUAAACUCUUGGAGAAGGACCAAAAGAGUAUUUGGGUUGCUAGGUAUGUGAAGAACACCUUCCCUCCAAUGGAUGGUUGA